AAUAAGGUGAUGUGAUCACACUCAUUAGGUUAAGUUGCGGUGCAGAAAUUCAGAAGCCAUUAUGUAUAGAUCUAAAAUAAUAUUAUGUAAUAUCAGAUAAAAUGAAAUAUAAAGUACUUUCGAGCCGCACUAGACAUCAGCGUUGACACGAUCCUACAAAAAGGAAUAAGCUGGAAGACCCGCCCACCGCGGUGCAGACCGGACCAAUCAGAGCGCUCCUGUAGAGUUUCAACCUCUGUGCGCUGCCGAGUGACCGACAGUUGAAACCCAUCGAGCGGUGCGCUUUAGCUUGGCGGUGUUACGUCUCCGACUCAGAGAUUUAAAAAAAAAAGGAAAGAAAAGAAAAGAAAGAAAAAACAUUGGUGGGAAAACUGCUGGAAAACCUACCAGGAAGCGGAAUCCGAAGUUUUUUUUUUUAUUCGGCAGCAGAAGAUAGAGGCAUACCAGCUUUUACCGGGCACUUAGGGCUAUUGCGCGAGGGUCUGCCAGGUUGUGAUUCACGGAGCCACCACUGCUCAAAGUUACAUCAGAGUCCGACUUUCCCCUCGAACUCGUUUAAAAAAAAAAUUAACCCGACGAAUGACAAGUCAAAUCAUGGGAUUAUUCGCCUACUGUGAUGUGGAUUGUAAAGCCGUUUGAGCAAAAGCUCCUUUUGCGUCGGGACCAUGUGAGUGGAUUCGCGUCGUGGCUUCUGACGUUUCUGGAUAUUUUGAAAAUCAUCGGCAACAGUUGAACCAGACGUCCUUUCCCGUCCUUUUCCAUCAGGUGUCUUGUCUCGUGGGACCAAAAUGAGACUUUAGCCUGAUUAGUUCUCCUGACCCCUCAUCUUUUAGGAAGCUCCAUCCAUGUCUGCCCUGUUUUCUGAGACUCUCUCUGAUGCUUUUCAACAAGUUCGCCUAUCAUACGAUAGGAUUGUAAUCAGACUUUCGCGUUGCGCCAUGUCAGUCAUGAACUUGGCCGUGCGCUUGCUGCAGUUGUUUUGUGUGACGCUCCUCUAUUUCUCAGCUGUCAAGAGUGCCUAUAUCCCCAAAGAGAAUGGAGGCAGCACAAAUGAGGUCGUACCCUUUACUGAUGUCUACAAUAAGUCGAUGUGCCGGCCGCGGGAGAUGCUAGUGGAGGUCCAUCAGGAGUAUCCCGAUGACAUUGAGCACAUUUUCAUUCCGUCCUGUGUGGUGCUCAUGCGCUGUGCUGGCUGCUGCAAUGACGAGAUGUUGGAGUGCAAACCCACUGCCACACGCAACAUCACCAUGGAGGUACAAAAAUUAAAACCCAUGCGCAUCAAACGCAACUAUCCAAUGAGUUUUGCAGAACACACUGAAUGUGAAUGCAGAGUAAAGAAAGCACUGCAGGAAAAGACAGAGAAAAAACCCCGGAAAGGCAAGGGGAAAGGUCAAAAGGGAAAGCGAAAGAAAAACCGCGACAAAAUGCGGGAUUUUACUCAUUGCAAACCAUGCUGCAGUUUAUGUUCUGAGAGGAAAAAGAGGCUCUUCAUUCAGGACCCUGAAACAUGCCAGUGCUCCUGCAAACACUCAGAGGAAGACUGCAAGUUAAAGCAGCUCGAACUCAAUGAGAGGACUUGUAGAUGUGACAAGCCAAGGAGAUGAACAGUGAUCGGCCUAUAUGUGUUUUUUUUUCUGAAUUAAGGCAUAAACACUAAUAAUUAAUAGCACCGCACUUUGAACCUUCAAUAUAGAUCUGUCAACCCUGGACUCUUGAAGCAUUCCCCUCGAAUGAGAGAGAAUGAGUGAGCAAGUGUGAGUGAGCAAGUCUUCCCCCUUUGUAAAUUUCAUGUGUAUAUUGAGUAAAGAUUUGAGCGAAGACUGAAAAGAACAGUACAUGUAGAAUUGCUGCUAUAUUGCUGCCUGAGACGAUUGGCCGUGUCAGUGCUUUUGGCUACACAUAUGAAUACUUGUCAAAAUCACUCACUGAUGCAGCAUAUCACUGGAUUAGCCAUGUUUUCAUAUCCAUUCAUAUCAACAUCCACAACCAACAACGGAUAUACACUAUUUAAUGGGACUGAAAAUGAACCACACGUGAACGAAGACUGGAGUUUUUCAGGACUGGCCUCUGAAACUUUUCUGCCAGAUUUCGUUAUCCAGCGCAACUCGUCUCGUUGAUGAAUGGCACAAGAACAGAAGAUCUUGUUUUUAUUUGCUUUUAUUAAGGCAUGCCACUUAUUCUAUACGGAAAUCACUUUGCCUUGAUUCUGUGACUUGACUUCAUUCUCUACUGAACGACAGAUGACUACUUGAGAUUUAUGGUCACUUAUUUCUUUAAAAUUGUGUGUAUCUUUUUAUUUUUCCUGUCAUUCAGCUUACAGUGAAUCACAAAAUGUAAACACACAAGGUCAUUUGAAUGUUUAUUAAUAUCCAUUUUAACAUGUGACCCCUCAAGUCCAUAAUUUAUAUUUUCAGUAUUCUUACUGUCCAUAUUUAAUUGGUUCUAUUUAUGUGCAGUGUUAUAGUCUGAUCUCCUAAUAAUUUUUAUUGUCAAUCUGAGGGUAUGAAGAAAGUAAAUACAUUCCCACAGCUGAUCAUUUCUUUUUCUUUUCUUUUUUUUUUCAGUUUGCUUCAAAAAUGUUUUUCUCUGCAUAUAUAAGGGUUGUGUGCUUUUUAAAAAGCUAGGUGUGUGUGUGUGUAUGUGUAUGUGUGUGUGUGUGUUUGUGUGAGAGAGAGAGACUGAGGCAGUGCGUAGUAUGAGAGACAGUGACACUAAACUAGACUUGUGAGUGUGUUUUGAAGGCUCUAUACCUAUAACAAUAAAAUAUAGCCAAAAGAAAUCUUAGGCUACCAAACACCUGCUACUUUUUAUUUUUUAUUUUAUUGUUGUCAUGUAGAAAAGGUUUGCCAAGUUUAGUUUAUUUACAUUCUCAUUUAUUUAUUUACUCCCUGUAAAUAUGUCUAGAUUUAAGGUUUUUUUUUUUUUUUGUGUUUGUGUAAUGUAG